AUGAUGCUCACGAGACCUCUUCACACACUUCCCAAACUCUGCAGUCAGUCCCAGCUAAAUGGUUCCUCAGGCUCGAAAGUGUUGGUGCACUUUGUAAAUCAGUCGGGGAUGAAAAGCAGUGUCUUUGUUACAGAGGGGGAGAGUCUUCUAGAUGCUGUCAUCAAGAAAAAUCUUGACAUCAGUGGAUUUGGAGCGUGUGAAGGUACUCUGGCAUGUUCCACAUGUCAUCUGAUAUUUGAAGAAAGUGUGUAUGACAAACUGGAGCCAAUGGUGGAUGAAGAAAUUGACAUGCUGGAUUUGGCUUAUGGACUCACAAAGACAUCUCGUUUGGGGUGUCAGGUGACUGUGGACUGCUGGAUGGACGGAAUGACAGUUCGUGUUCCCCAAGAGAUCAAAGAUCUGAGAGGAAAGCAAGAAGCGCAGAGCAGCAAAUGAUACAAUGACGCACACACGUCAUUUAUUACACAAUCAAAUUAGUUUUCUUCUAAGAACAUGCAUUUUUGGUUAUUUUACAUCCACAAUAUGACAAACUGAAUGUGGCUCACAUUCCAUACAUGCUUGCUACACUACAGUAGGCUACAUUAACCUCAACACAAAUAUUUUCCAGCAGUAGUACUAUUGAAGAAGAUACUUUGAGAAAUGUCUCUUUGGCUUUGUGUCCAUACAAUGAAAGUCAAUGGGAGCCAGUGUUGUCUGUUUACCAAAGAUUUUAAAAAUAUCUAAGAAAGUCAGUCACACAGGUUUGGACUUACAGGAGUAUGAAUAAAUUAUUAAAGAAUUCAAAUGUUCCCUGUAUCCCUUUUAAACUGAAUCUCACCUAUUUUUAGUUACUGUGGGUGAGUUACAUGCAGGGUGACUGUGUUUAAUGUGUAAUGGUUAAUGUUGGGGCUAUGGUGAAACUUGUUGGUGAACCCCUAGUGGUGAACUUGAGAAUUGCAUUAUUUCCUAUGUGUCCUUGAGCAAAACUCUGAAUCUCAGUCUCACAACUACAAAACAACUUUCUUUACACCCAGUUCAGUACUUAGAAGGUAGCAGUGGACUGACAUCUCUUAUUUGUCUUUUAUGAAUUCCUUCAAUGCUUGAACCUCUCAUGCACCAUUUUAAGGAUUCAGACCUAGGCUCACAUCAAGGUUACACACUUUUCAUUUAUGCAUUUUACCUAAAGCAACUUACAGUGCAUUCAAGUGUAUAUACAUUUUAUCAGUAUGUCUUGACCUUUGCGGUGCUAACACAAUACUUUCACAACCGAGCUUCAGGUAGAUACUACAGUUUUAACCAGGUUUAUUUCUAAACGAAAUGUAGAUCUAUACAUUAGUAUUUAGUGCGCUACUGAAGCUAGAUAAAAUGUGGUAAGAUUGAAUAAACAGAUAACAAACACCCACACACACAGAACACAGAACACACAUUUCACAACUGUACUUCAGCUUUCUGUUGUGUAUUCAAACAGUUAUCAGUUGUGUAUUCAAACAGUUAUCAGCAGAUGUUAGUGUGAACAAUGUGCCAAACAUGGCUGAUUGAUUCAAACUGAGAAUAUGUAAAAAUUAGGUUAUAGAAGAUGGAUUCCUUGUACAUCAGCAGUAAAAAUGAAUGCAUUACUGAAACAUGUGUAGUGUUGCGUUAUCUUUUUAAUCACAUAAUUAUCCAUUUACUAUCCAUUACACAUAAACUAUCCAUUUAUCCACGAUGAUUGCGCUACAUGUAGAUUUUUAUUUAAACUAUUUUAUAAUAGUUUAGUUUUGUGCAUGACAAGUUUCCCACCUCAUUUUAUUUUAUUUCUCUAUUAUACACUCAAAAGUAAACUUACACAGAUACUGCAAACAUGGAUAAACGUCAAACAGAAGAGCUUGGGUCGAAGCCUUUGGAGACUCGUGCCUCCUCUCUUGGGGUAUUUGACAAACUGACACCCCCUUAAAUCGAGUGUCAACCACAGUCUGUCAAAUACUCUAAGAGAAGAGUCUAUAUCAGAGAAAGAGAGUUCGAGGGGUUGGA